AGUUUGGUCUUGGGAAGUUCUUCCGGAUAUUUCCGGAUUGCACCGAAGCGCUUGCGACCAGGUCCCUCGCCAUCUUCUUCGAGAUGCACUGGCGCAGCUCUGUGGCGAGGAGGAGGAGGCUGCUGAGGAGCGCGCGGCUCCUAGCAGCUCGAAGAAGGCAGCCAAGGCGAAGGCUGCGAAAGCAGUGAAGGCGACCUCAGCCUCAGCCACCUCGGCAAUGCUGCCGAGGCAUCUGAAUGACAAGAUUGAAGCCAUCCCACUGAGCCGGUCCAGCUGCAGAGGUGAAAGCAAGCCCAGCUUCUUGGCCUCCUUGGAUGCCGUGCUCAACGUCAUGGCGGAAACGAAGGAGCAGGCGAAGCCGCCUCUGUCUCAACAGGCAGAGUCGCUGCAACUGCUGCACCAACAUCUUGUGGAUGCUGGGGGUUCAUCCCUGGACUACGGGCCGAUGGACCGUCUGCUGGCUUUGAGACCCCUGCUGCUUCUGAAACUGCAGGGCGCUGCCGCCAGCUCCGGAGCCUUGGCAGCCGACCGAGCCCGAAGUUGGUGGGAAUGGAAGGAAGCAGCUGCUGCGGCGCUACUCCGCUUGGGCAGCCAGGAGCGACACUGUGUCCAGAUAUACGUAUCUCUGUGCCUUCGUCAUCUCUACGAGCACGAGCCCGGAAGCGCUGAAGGCGCCGCGGGUUACCCGGCUCAAGCACCACCAAAUCCAGCUCCACAGCCACCCGUCGCGCCUGCAUGGAACAGGGCGCGCGCAGCACCCGUGUCGACCGACUUUCCAGCACUGCCGAGCAAUCAGCUCCAGCCGCGACCGAGACAGGCACGAGCUUGA